AUGGAUCUAUCUCAAGCUACGGCCGCAAAGAUUGCCACAUUGCAGGCCAAAUUGAAUAAGAAGCUUGGUCCUGAAUAUAUAUCGCAGCGUCCAGGACCUGGUGGCGGUCCCAAACUGACAUAUGCAGAAGGGUGGAAGAUAAUUAAUCUUGCAAACGAAGUGUUCGGUUUUAACGGAUGGUCGUCCAACAUAGUGUCUCUCACGACAGACUACAUAGAUACGCACGAGGAAGGCAGAAGGCAUAACGUCGGCGUUACCGCUAUAGUCAGAGUUACCCUUCGCGAUGGUGUCUUCCAUGAAGAUGUUGGAUAUGGGGUGAUAGAGAACGCAAAGAGCAAAGGGGCUGCUCUAGACAAGUGUAAGAAAGAGGCGGUAACAGACGCUAUCAAGCGUGCGUUGCGAAAUUUCGGAAACCUGCUUGGAAACUGCCUGUAUGAUAAAGCAUACACGCAGGAAAUCGUGAAGAUCAAGGUCCCACCUCCCAAAUUUGAUAAGUCGGACCUUCACCGCCGGCCAGAGUUCGAGGAGACGAAGCCGGAUAUUCGUCAAUUGGAGGCGGGUUUGUCGACUAGUGGGAUUGCAUCAACAUCUCAUGCACCACAGCAAGCCUGCAGUUCUUCCAGUUCAUCGAUGAACAGACCCUCCACUAAUCCAGCCAAUCUUCAAAGAACUUCCGCGGCCGUUGCCACGACUUCAACUUCAACUCCCGUCGCAGAUAUAAAGGGAAAGGGUAGGGCGGUACCGGGUGCAAACAUUGGUUUAAACACGCCAGUCACGACACCCGCGAACCCUGCUGGACGCCCCAACGCGAAUCGUGGUACAAUGCCCCCACCCCCGGCAUUUGGCAAAGCAUUCAAUUCAUCCGUUUCAAAUGGAAGUGUGCAGCGCCUACCUGAACCCAGAGCCACUGGCUCUGCAUCCACAGGGAUAAAUCAACCGAAGAUGCCCCCACGACCUCCUUCAGCGCUUUCUCGUGGUCCCAAUGUCGAACCAGUAUCUGUAGAACCACGGGUCAGCCACAACAUCGACCCCGGGCUACCUGAAGAAGCAGAAAUCGACCCGGACGAAUCUUUCGGCUUUCUUUCAGAUGAUGAUGCUUUCCUUGCUGCUGUAGAUCUCGGUGAAGGUGAUCUCGGCAGACCAAUUGAUCCCGACGAAGGUUUGGGCGGCCCCGCACUUAGUGCUAAUUCCGUCCAAAGCGAAAGUGAAAUCUUGGACACAAAUAGGCACGUUUCAGAGCAAGCGCAACAUGUUCGUUUCCAAGAGGCAUCACACCAAGAACGCGGAACGCUUUCUGGUGCAACGAGGCCGUCUGUGCGAACCGAGUCGGGGGUCGGCCAGCGAGCAACUGUUGGGGCGGAGCAAUUUCGAGCUGCGACGCCGGGCUCAUCAGCGAACUCACAUCAGCUGAGGUCUGGAACACCUUCCAUGGGAGGGUUCCAUUUCCCUGCAGGCGUGGUCGGUUAUGUUUAG